ACUUGCUGCAGGUGGCAGCUCCGCCCUGCCCAAACCCCCAUUCCCCAUCCAAUCCCGCUCCCAGCGGCGUAUGUAGAACGAUUUUAUGUUUAUGCUGGCUAACAAUGGCUGCCUUUGUUUUUAGCUCGCCGCGCUCCCCACAAGAAAAGCGAAGGAAAAGGCAGCGAACGACAACCACUGGUGGCUAGUAGCCAGUCAGUCUGUGCUCUGCCUUGGCCAGCAGCAGACGGAACCGUGCCGCCGCGAUCCCAUCCGAGAACCCCAGUAUCGCGCUCUUUUAUUUCGAAUUUUAGUUCGCUUCGCGGCAGCUUAGCCAUUUAUUUCGGUUGUUAUCGUUGGUCCGUUUCGGAUUUUAGUUGGUAGAUUAAACACAUUUUAUUUUAGACGAGCCGGGCAGCUCAUUAAAACCAAACCAAACACAUCGUUCGUAAACAAUCAGCUUGGGCCAGGCCAGCCAAAGAUCUCCGUUGCAUCGCUGCAGCUUUAAUGGUAAAACACCGAGCGGAUCGCUCUUAUAUAACGAUAAAUCAGGAUACCCAACGGGCGUUAGCACUGCCUGACAGUUUAUGAGGAACGCGCGUUGUUCCAUGUGCGUGUGGAUUGCCCCUUGCCAUCGUCCAGAGAGCCCUAGGAGGGGAGGAGUGUGACCCGGAACCAUAACAGGCGCCAGAAUGAAGCGCGAGGUGUCCACGUCGACCAUCGGCCGGGAUGAGGCCCGCCGUCCCCUGAUGGAAGCCUAUAUGUUCCAGCGACGCGUCCUGCUCGGAUGCAGUCUGCUCAUGGUGGUGUCCCUGGUGAUCUGGAUAGUGGCCAUCUCGACCGAUCACUGGAUCAUCAUCUCCGGCGGAAAAGGCAUUUUUAUCCCGGAGUCGAGGCGGUUCUUCAUGUCCUCGCACUCGGGAUUGUGGCGCCACUGCCGGAACACCAUCGUGCCGAAUGCCAUGAGCAAUGCCCAGGUGGUGCGCAACUUCAGCUCCAUGUCCUACACCUCGCAGACGAACAUCAACGAGGCCAAGCGGAAUCUCUCGCACAGGGACUUCAUCAAGGAGUUCGCCCAGGAGCCGCUGGAUACGUCGGAAAACUUCACGGAGUCCGCCCGUCGGCACAUGUUUGCCCAUUGGGCGCGUGGCGAGGCGGAGGAGUUUCAAACGCUGCGCAAUGCCUUUCGCAGCCUGGUGAUGAACACGGAGGAGAACCAGCGGCAGAUCAACGCCACGGACAUCAAGCCGAUACCCAUCGAUCCGCUGGACGUUAAGGGCAUCAUUGCGAGAAAGACCUUCGGCUCGGCGCUGCAGCGGGUUAAGUACAACAACACCUGGUCGUACUACGUGAUCCCCGAGGUGGCCCAGUUGGCACUCUUUAGUAACUGGACGGAUUACCCGCUGGUUGUGCGUCUGCUGGGCACCUACAUCCGGGACAUAAACAUUCCCGCCUACGUGCUAAACGACGAGCGGGUGAUCUUGAUCCUGGUGCCACCACUGCCGCCCAAGAAGGGUCAGCCCGCCUUCUACAGCUAUAUCCCGAACCAGCGCUGCAAGUACAUCGACAUGUUUCCCAACUCCAAUGCCCUGCGAAACGAGCCCGGAUUCGAUGAUGAACUAUUGGUCGCUUGGUACUCCCUUUCAGACUACAUCCGGACGCAGGCAUCCUUUGCCUGCAUAACACUCUUCGUGAUGAGCCUCGGAGCUGUGUUCUCCUUCUACACGUUCAUGAAUCCGCGCUACAUGUUCAAGCGGCUGGCAGGUGGCAUUCACCUGGUGGCCGCCUCCACGGCGCUGGUGGUGCUCCAGGUGCUCUUCAACUCCAUUGACUACACCAAGGAUCAUCUGUUCUACGCAUAUCCUGACGGGGCUGAACUAAGAUAUGGAUAUGGCGUCUUCUUGGCCUGGUUCACCUUUGUGGACAAUAUUUUGUGCGGUGUUAUGUUCCUGUGGUACUCUGGCAAGAAAAAGGGCGCCAAGGCGCCCAAUGACGAGCUGGCGAUGGCGGAUGAACCCACCAUAAUGGGCAGAUAGCAUGGAAUGCCCUCCUGCACCCAAAGACCAAAGCAACCGGCACACUUGCCGUAGUUGCUUUUCAUUUCAAUUUCGUUAUUUGUUGUUUUCAUAAUGGCUGUAUUUAAAUUGUUUCGCUUUAUAGCAAUAAGAAUCUCAAAGCAAUAAAGGAAUUGAUUUCAGUCAAUAGUAA